ACUUUGUUGACAUCCGUGCGUUUAAUCUCCUCCCGCGACGGUUUUGUGCGGGUUUUUUCACAUGAAAUAAGGUUUUAACUAACGCAGGUAUCGCUGACCUCCCCAGAGUCUCUUCAUCAGAGUAAAUGGAGUCAGAGGGGACUGAAUCACCGCCAUCAGGCUCAGGCACAGCUGAAGUUUUCAGCUCUAUUCGGGAGCGCACCAUCGCAGAGAACAGCAUGGUGGUUCUGCUGCAGGGCCUGCAGGGGGAGGUGACCACAGUGGACCUGAGGAACGAGAGCACAGCGAGAGGCCGAGUGGUCAACGUGGACGCCUUCAUGAACAUACGUCUGGCAGAGGUGCUGUACCGCGACCGGCGGGGGCAGCUCACCCAGCUACAGGACCUGUUCAUUACUGGCAGGAAUGUCCGCUACGUUCACAUCCCAGACCACAUGGACAUAAUGAAAACCAUUCAGAGCCAGCUGGCCAAGAUCCACCGGGUCCGCAACUUUGCCAGCCAAGGGGGCGGCAGGAAAGAGUAUGCCAAGAAGACAAAAUAACUUUUUGUUCUUUAGAAGGAAACAAAACUCUGCUGGGAAGAACGUAAAAUACUCAGAGGCACCAAGUGAGUUUUCUUUUUGUUAGUUUUGAGGAAGAGUAUUUGAGUACUAGAUCAGCUGCUGGUUUAUUGAUCAGUCCAUCUACAGAAAAAUAACUGUUUACAUAAUCAAUAGUUUUUUAAGAAAUCCUAACACUCCUAAAUUUCAGCUUCUCAGUUGGGAGGAUUUGCUGCUUUUCUUUGUCUAAUGAGAGAAUGUUCAUCGGAUAAAUCAAGUGAUUUGAAGACAUCAUUAGAUAAUGCUAAUAGAUAUUUUUUUGUAUUUUCUGAUGUUUUUUAGACCAAAUUAAAAAUGAAAUUAAUCAGGAAAAUAAUACUGAGAUGAACUGAUAAUGAAAGUAAU